GCAGAAAAACAAAGAGUUCACACCAGAAGAGCGACCACUGUGGUGGAGUAAUAGGCCAGGUCUUCAAUGAUCUCCGUCCGUCGAUUCGCCCCGAUCCUCAGAGAUCGACUGUGUACCUCCUCUGGCAGGACGAUUAUCAAAAUUGACCCACAAAGUCUCAGCUAACAAGAUAAGCUGUCAGUUUGGACGUAAUUCCCAAAGACAUCGAAAAGGCACCUGUUUUGUAAAAUGACCAGUGGUUCAUCCAGAGGAAACAUGUUGCAGGUGCUUAAGGAAUCCAGUGUGUGAUGGGUAAUACUCAUGGACAGGGCGGAUUAUCCUGGGAACAUGUCCGGAAGAUCACCCGGAGGAUGAUCUGCUAUCUCAUCCUCCCACUUUUCACUCUAUGCAAGAUUUUGAGGAUUUUAUAAAAGGCCGUUCAACCCUGGUUUUGGCAUUCAGGUUACUCACUGACUUUGCAAACACACAGUCAGUGGCCCCAACAGCGCAGUAAUGGAUGCGUGGGCCGUUCAGUUCGGGAACAUUACCAAAAUAAGCCCCUUCGAGGGCCCACAGUACCAGCUGGCCCCCAAGUGGGCUUUCUACCUGCAGGCAGCAUUCAUGGGAUUCGUAUUUUUCGUAGGUACCCCUCUCACCGGCAUCGUCCUCUUCGUUACAAUGAAGUACAAGAAACUCAGACAGCCGCUCAACUAUAUUUUGGUGAAUAUCUCCGCAGCUGGUUUUAUUUUUGACACGUUCUCGGUCAGCCAAGUAUUUCUCUGCGCGUUAAGAGGUUAUUACUUUCUCGGGUAUACGUUGUGUGCGUUGGAGGCUGCAAUGGGAUCCAUUGCGGGGCUUGUGACAGGAUGGUCCUUGGCUGUUUUGGCUUUCGAAAGAUAUGUGGUCAUUUGCAAACCCUUCGGCACCUUCAAGUUUGGAAAGAGCCAGGCCCUUGGAGCAGUAGCCCUCACUUGGGUCAUCGGGAUUGGGUGUGCUACUCCUCCCUUCUGGGGAUGGAGCAGGUACAUUCCUGAGGGUCUCGGCACAGCCUGCGGUCCUGACUGGUACACCAAAAGUGUGGAGCACAACUCCGAAAGCUACACAUACUUUCUUCUUGUCACCUGCUUCAUCAUGCCAAUGUCCAUCAUCAUCUUCUCCUAUUCUCAGCUACUGGGAGCCUUGCGUGCUGUCGCAGCCCAGCAGGCAGAGUCAGCAUCCACCCAGAAGGCAGAAAAGGAAGUGUCAAGAAUGGUUAUAGUGAUGGUGGGGUCUUUUGUGCUUUGCUACGCCCCUUACGCUAUCACUGCCAUGUGGUUCGCCAACGCCGAGGACACGAACAAGGAUUACCGCUUGGUUGCCAUCCCCGCUUUCUUUUCAAAGAGCUCCUGUGUGUACAAUCCCCUAAUCUACGCCUUCAUGAACAAACAAUUCAACGCAUGCAUCAUGGAAACGGUAUUUGGAAAGAAGAUCGAAGAAAGCUCGGAGGUUUCCAGCAAGACGGAAACAUCAUCUGUCUCGGCUGCCUGAAUACUCUCAAACACAUUUAAUGUUCACUCGAUUAUUCACAUACUGUACUUUUACACUCUUUCAAGGGGAAAGUGAUGUCACCUUGUCCCACCAAAUCCCAAAGCCACAGCUCACUGGAUGUACAGUGUCUCAUUAUCCAUUAUGAUACUUAUAUCAACUUGUAUAUUUAUUUUUUGUAAAAUGUUAUGUUAGAAGAAAACAUUUUAGUAGAAUAUAUUAAAUUAAAAACCUGCAAUAGAAAGUAAAUCUAAGUAUUAU